CGGCGGUCCUACUACUUAAGGCGUCGUGGCCUCGCCUGCCCCGCCUUAGCUCCCGCGCUAGAGAGAAACAUGUAUCGUUUCCGAUCACAGCUCUUCACGGGGAUUUCUGCUGCCGCCAUCGCCCACUCUUACCCGCGCCGCUUCUCGCCUCUGUUGUUAGCCGAAGACUCGCCUCUCAGCCGCCCGUCGCACAGACGCACGAGUAAAAAGUGCAGCUCCAUCGGCUGAUCCUCGCUAAGCUAGAGUUUAGGCGGCACCGGGCGUCCCACGAUGCCGAAGAAUAAGAAGCGGAACACUCCCCACCGCGGUGGCAGUGGUGGCGGCGGCUCAGGGGCAGCUGCAGCGACGGCGGCGACAGCAGGUGGCCAGCAUCGAAAUGUUCAACCUUUUAGUGAUGAGGAUGCAUCGAUUGAAACAAUGAGCCAUUGCAGUGGUUACAGCGAUCCUUCCAGUUUUGCUGAAGAUGGGCCAGAAGUCCUUGAUGAGGAAGGAACUCAAGAAGACUUAGAGUACAAGUUGAAGGGAUUCAUUGACCUGACCCUGGAUAAGAGUGCAAAAACAAGGCAGGCAGCCCUUGAAGGUAUUAAAAAUGCACUGGCUUCAAAGAUGCUCUAUGAAUUUAUCCUGGAAAGAAGAAUGACUUUAACUGAUAGCAUUGAGCGCUGCCUGAAAAAAGGUAAAGGUGAUGAGCAGCGAGCAGCUGCAGCAUUAGCGUCUGUUCUGUGCAUUCAGCUGGGCCCUGGAAUCGAAAGUGAAGAGGUUUUAAAGACUCUUGGACCAAUCCUGAAGAAAAUAAUUUGUGAUGGAACAGCUAGUAUCCAGGCCAGGCAAACAUGUGCAACUUGCUUUGGUGUUUGCUGUUUUAUUGCCACAGAUGACAUUACUGAGCUGUAUUCAACUCUGCAGUGUUUGGAAAAUAUCUUCACCAAGUCCUAUCUCAAAGAGAAAGACACUAGUGUUAUCUGUAGCACCCCUAAUACAGCACUUCAUAUCAGCUCGCUUCUGGCAUGGACAUUAUUACUGACCAUAUGCCCAAUCAAUGAAGUGAAGAAAAAGCUUGAGGUGCAUUUCCAUAAACUUCCAAGUCUCCUUUCUUCUGAUGAUGUGAACAUGAGAAUAGCUGCUGGUGAAUCUUUGGCACUUCUGUUUGAAUUGGCCAGAGGAAUGGAGAGUGACUUUUUUUAUGAAGACAUGGAGUCUUUAACUCAGAUACUUAGGACUUUGGCUACAGAUGGAAAUAAGCACCGGGCCAAGGUAGACAAGAGGAAGCAGCGGUCAGUGUUCAGAGACAUCCUGAGGGCGGUGGAGGAACGGGACUUUCCAACAGAAACCGUUAAAUUUGGUCCUGAAAGGAUGUAUAUUGAUUGCUGGGUCAAAAAACAUACAUAUGACACCUUUAAGGAGAUUCUCGGAUCAGGAAUGCAGUACCACUUACAGUCGAAUGAAUUUCUUCGCAAUGUAUUUGAACUUGGACCCCCAGUGAUGCUUGAUGCUGCUGCAUUGAAGACAAUGAAGAUUUCUCGAUUUGAAAGGCAUUUAUAUAAUUCUGCAGCCUUCAAAGCUCGAACAAAAGCUCGAAGCAAAUGUCGUGAUAAAAGAGCAGAUGUUGGAGAAUUCUUCUAGAUUUUUAGCAUUUGAAGACCACUUUCUAAUUUCCCUUUUUUUUUUGGUAAUUUCUAAUGUAUUUAAUCUCUAGAAACAGUUUUUAUCUUGGUCAACAGAUAGCUUUUGUAGGAGGGGUUAUAUUAUAAUUUAAUGUAUAUAGUAUUACAGAUGGUAAGCCCUGUUUAUUGACUAUUCUUUGUAUAUAUAAUCACUAAACAUAAAUGAAGUAUUUGUAAUGUUUGGUCAUUUUCUAUUUAUGAAAAAAGCAAACAUAAGGUAUUUCACUUGAUUUCAUGAUGAGAAAAACUGUUAGCCAAAGUUAAAUUUCUUACGCUGUGAUUGUCAGAAAUACUGAUUAUAAUGAUAUAGAUACACAAAGUUUUAAACUUAAGAUCUUACACAAAUGAGUUCAGGAUACAAUUUUGGGAACUAGAUCUGGAAAAGCUGCCGUUAUUUUCAAUUUUAAGUGGAACCUAAUAAUUUUGCCACUAGGAUCAACAAAAGAAAUUAUACCAUGCGACCAUACAGCUGCACUUACGGGCCAAUCAGUCCAUCCGUUGUUCAUGAUGAAUUAAUAUAAGCCAGGAAAGUUGCUAACCUUGACCACUGAGGGCAGUAACACUAAUUUUAUUUGCUGUGUAAGACCUUGUGCUCUUUAUUUUGAAAUAAAGAUCUUUUCACACUAAAA